GAGCUGGAUGCAUGUCCUGCGGCGCCCCCGGCUCGCCCUGGAGCCAGGUUGCCCUGCAUCUCCCAGCCCAGACCACCGCCGGCAGCCAUGCGAUACAUCUUUGUGGCAACAACCGUCCUGGUGCUCGGGGCCAUGGCCUUCUUUGGAUUCGGCCAGUCGGCCUUCGUGCGGCCAUAUCUCGGGCCGCUGCGGGAUGCCUCCGACCGGGUGCUGCAUUCUCUGUUCUCGGGCUUGCUGACAGUCUCAUUCCACUACAUCUGGGAGUAUCCUCCGACCGCCAGCACGAAAAAGACCGUCCUGGUGACGGGGGCCGCCAUGUUCACCUUCUGCAUUGCCAGCGAGGUUUUCCAGGGUCUUUCUCCGUAUCGAAGCUUUGACGGCAAGGAUAUUGCGUUCAACCUGUUAGGAGCCGGCAUCGGCCUCGUCCUGUGUGUGAUCAUCGACAAGAUCCGAGUUCGCAUUCAUGCUAGAAACAAGCAACUCCGAUGGAGAAACAAGCUGCAGGAGCCAGAAGAGGAGCAGCAGGCCAUGAUACCGAUGCAUGAGCUCGAGGACGAGGACGGCCACGAGGGCAGCGACCAGGAUCCGCUGCAUCCAAACUCAUCCGAAGGAGCCGAUCGCAUCUCGGACGACAUCGAGCGACAGCUGGGGCCUGUCCGCUGAUGCGAUUAGUCUGCACCCAAACACAGCGGGUCGAUCGCUCACAGCGCACCCAAGGGAAACUGGGUGCACAUGCUUGGUUUUACAAUGUCAUUUUGAAUCUGCAGCAUGCUCAGAUCGCG